AUGGCGUCGAAUCCUCCACCACAGCCCGUGCGGAUCGCGCUGCUAGGCGCGGGAAUCUUCGCGCGCGACGCGUAUCUGCCAAUACUGAAGGACAUCAAGGCCGAGAUCGCGCUUCGAUUCAUCUGGAGCCGCUCUCAGACCUCGGCGGAAGCGCUAGCGGCAGCGUGGGUGGCGGCGGGAAAUGCGGCGGCGGUGGAGGCAGUGUGGGGAGAGGAGGGCUUGGCGCGCAUUGAGCGGAGCGAGGAGGUUGAGGCGUGUGUGCUGGUGCUGCCAGUGCAAGUCCAGCCAGAGCUGGUGCUGCGUUUCUUGAAGGCGGGAAAGCACGUCAUGCAAGAAAAGCCCAUAGCGGCAGACUACCCCCAGGCCCUCGCCCUACAUGCUGAGGCAUCACGCCUCUUGGCCCCUCUCUCCUCUGCCUCCUCCUCCUCCUCCUCCUCUUCCUCCUCCUCAUCGCACCAAGCACCUCUGUGGGCCGUUGGGGAGAACUUUCGCCUCGAACCGGCAUUUGACCAGGCACGUGAGGUCGUGUCACAUCUGGGCGCCAUGCUGGCAGUGCAGGUGGUGGCGGAGACCUCGCUCACCCCUGCCAACAAGUACUUUCCCAGUCAGUGGCGCCGCGAUCCCGACUUCACGGGCGCGUUCAUUACUGACUGUGGCGUGCAUUACGUGGCAGCAAUGUGUCACAUGACUGGGCGCAAAGUAUCAUCAGUGGCAGCAUUCGGUUCGCACCAAAUAGCAGAUGUACCUCCCCCGGAUAACUUCGCUGCUACGCUCAAGUUUGAGGAUGGCGCUGUGGGCACCCUCUCCAUCUCCUUCUCCUACACGCCACGCAACCUUAUGGUGUGGCGAGUGGUGUGUGUGGGCGGAACAGUGGAGGUCAGGAGAGGCCCACAUGCCAGUGGGGACGGCCGCUUUGGAUACACCGUGUCACUUGAUCUACCGCCAGGAGCAUCGCACCCAGCAGGGUGCCCCGCCCCCUCCUUCCACUCACUCCUGGGUAUCCAGCAAGAGCUCUCUCUCUUUGCAGCCGCUGCAGCAGCAGCACGAGCCACACACACCACACCAGCUGACGCCACCCCUGCUGAUGCCACCUCUGCCAAUGCAUCCCCGCCGCCUGUUUCUCUAGAUCCUCGCUUGUCCCCUUUAGCAGCUAUGGGUGAUCUCGCUAUAAUGCACGCUGCAGUGCAGUCAGCCAAUUCGCCCAUUGCUGCGGGAACCCCUCAGCCCGUCCCUCAAGUCCCUGUGGACCCCAGUUGA